ACGCACCGAUGGCUCGGUGGCCGCCGGGCUUCCCCGGCUUCUCCCUCCCCCCGCCGGCGUGGCCAUACCGUCCUUCCAUGCCGCCGCCGCCGCCGCCGUCCGGCGGUUCGUCUCAAGGCAGGACCGUCGCCGGCACCUUCGGCGGCCUCGUCGCCUGCCUGCUCGUUGGCCUCGCCGUGUGCAGCCUCUGCAAGAGGCGUCGCAGCAGCCGCGCACGCGCCGCGGCAGCGGCUCCGACGCAGAGCCUGCCGGAGAGCGGCGGCGUGCGGCAGCUUCACCGGGCAUGCGCCGCCAGCCCGACGGCCGGGCUCCCGGCGUUCACGUACAGCCUGUCGGUGAAGCACAACGUGGCGGGCGGAGGGGAGGAUGCAGCGACGUGCUCGGUGUGCCUCGGCGCGCUGCAGGUCGGCGAGACGGUGCGGCUGCUGCCGGCGUGCCUGCACCUGUACCACGCCGAGUGCAUCGACCCGUGGCUGGACGCGCACUCGACGUGCCCGCUCUGCCGCUCCGACACCGACCCGGCCGCUGUCUAGCUAGAUGCACAUUUUGACGGGUGUUAGUUUGCUGGAUUGAUUUUGCUUGCUGUAUAUAUUCAGAAAUACGUCUACUCAGUUGUCUGGGCAACAUAAGACAGGAAUCUUCAAAUGAUGCAUCUGUCCUAUUUGCAAGUAUUUGUGGACGUCCUCAGGGUCAUUUGGUCUCCAAUGUCUUGUCUUGAAGAUCUCACUCUCCCGGCUUUGUCUUUGUGGAAACCUUCGAAUUAUACGGUUCCCCAGUAGAACUGUUGAGAUCGUCCGCAAUGGCUUCGCCCAACCAUAUGAAAGGGGACCUUUAUAAAUGUCACACGUACGAUA